CUGGCGGCGGAAGCGGCCGGUGGCCGACUAACCAGGGCACCAUGGCGGCUGCGGCUGUCUCCCCGGCGAUGAAGCGACUGGAUCUCCGCGAUCCCGCGGCGCUUUUCGAGACUCAUGGGGCUGAGGAGAUCCGCGGGCUGGAGCGCCAGGUUCGGGCCGAGAUCGAGCACAAGAAGGAGGAGCUGCGGCAGAUGGUGGGCGAGCGGUACCGCGACCUGAUCGAGGCGGCCGACACCAUCGGACAGAUGCGCCGCUGCGCCGAGGGGCUGGUGGACGCCGUGAAGGCCACCGACCAGUACUGUGCCCGCCUCCGCCAGGCCGGCUGGCCGCGGCCCCCACGCGCCCCGCAGCCACAGCCACCAUCCCAGGAGAAGUUCUACAGCAUGGCUGCCCAGAUCAAACUACUCUUAGAAAUUCCUGAGAAGAUCUGGAGCUUUAUGGAGGCCUCUCAGUAUCUCCAUGCUACACAGCUCUACCUGCUUUGCUGCCACCUUCACAGCCUGCUUCAGCUGGAUUCUUCUAGUUCCCGAUACAACCCCAUCCUUUCCCGAUUCCCUAUACUCAUCCGGCAGGUAGCAGCAGCCAGCCACUUCCGAUCAACCAUUCUACACGAAAGCAAGAUGUUACUUAAAUGCCAAGCUGUGUCCGACCAAGCUAUAGCUGAGGCCCUCUGCUCUAUAAUGCUCUUAGAGGAGAGUUCUCCCCGCCAAGCCCUGACAGACUUCCUGUUGGCCAGAAAGACAACUAUUCAGAAACUUCUCAACCAGCCACACCAUGGUGCUGGCAUCAAGGCCCAGAUUUGCUCCUUGGUGGAGUUGCUGGCCACCACUUUGAACCAGGCUCAUGCCCUUUUCUACACUUUGCCAGAAGGUCUGCUGCCAGAUCCAUCACUGCCAUGUGGCUUGCUCUUCUCUACUCUGGAGACUAUCACAGGCCAGAAUCCUACUGGAAAGGGCAUCAGUGUCUUGAGAGGGGAGAUGAAGCUCUGCAGCUGGUUCAGAUACCUGCCAGCAUCUGUCAUUGAGUUCCAGCCAGCACUCCGAACCCUUGCACAUCCCAUCAGCCAGGAAUACCUGAGAGAUACGCUGCAGAAAUGGAUCCACAUGUGUAACGAAGACAUUAAAAAUGGCAUCACCAACCUGCUUAUGUAUGUGAAGAGCAUGAAGGGUCUCGCAGGGAUCCGAGAUGCCAUGUGGGAGUUACUUACCAAUGAGUCCGCCAAUCACAGCUGGGAGGUGGUGUGUCAGCGGCUUCUGGAGAGGCCACUCUUGUUCUGGGAGGACAUGAUGCAGCAGCUCUUCCUGGACCGGUUACAGACUCUGACAAAAGAAGGCUUUGAAUCCAUCUCCAGGAGCUCCAAAGAACUCCUGGUCUCAGCUUUGCAGGAGCUUGAGAGUAGCACCAACAACUCCACAUCGAAUAAGCACAUCCACUUUGAGCAGAACAUGUCUCUCUUCCUCUGGUCAGAGAGUCCCAGUGACCUGCCUCCAGAUGCUGCCUGGGUCAACGUGGCAAACCGGACUCAGUUCACCAGUAGUGGCCUCUCAAUGAAAGCCCAAGCUGUUAGCCCUUGUGUGCAGAACUUCUGCUCUGCCCUGGACUCCAAACUGAAGGUUAAAUUGGAUGACCUCCUGGCUUACCUUCCCUCUGAUGAUGUGCCUCUGCCCAAGGAUACUGUCCCCAUGCAGGCCAGGAACUCUGCCUUUGACAGAUACGCAGAUGCUGGGACUGUGCAGGACAUGCUACAGACUCACUCUGUGGCAUGCAUCAAGCACAUCAUGGAUUGCAUCAAGGUGGAGCUGCAGAACAUCGAGGAAGUUGUGCAGAGCCAGCAGGAUGUCCUCCAAGGCACCAAGCUGCAUGCAGUCCUUUUCAUGGCCAGACUCUGCCAGUCUCUGGGAGAACUGUGCCCCCACCUGAAGCAGUGUAUUGUGGGAAAGUCCAGGAGCUCUGACAAACCAGCAAGGGAGGCUAGAGUCGUGAAAAGGCCGGGGAAGGGCAAAGCUCAGGAAAUCCUUCCUGUGCAGGCCAAGUGGCAAGAGGUUAAAGAUGUUCUCCUCCUGCAGAGUGUGAUGGGCUACCGGGUCUGGAGCUCAGCAGUUGUGAGAGUUCUGAUUCAUGGAUUCACCCAGUCAUUGCUUUUAGAUGAUGCUGGCUCAGUCCUGGCCACAGCCACCAACUGGGAUGAACUAGAAAUUCAAGAGGAGACAGAGUCUGGCAACAGUGUCACAUCCAAGAUCCGACUUCCUACACAGCCAUCCUGGUAUGUGCAGUCCUUCCUCUUUAGCUUAUGCCAGGAAAUUAAUCGGGUUGGAGGUCAUGCCUUGCCAAAGGUGACGCUGCAGGAGAUACUGAAAAGCUGCAUGGAUCAAGUGGUAGCUGCCUAUGAGAAACUUUCAGAAGAAAAGCAGGUUAAGAAGGAGCGGCCUCUCAGCAGGGUGGGAAUUCACUUGCAGAGAGAAGGUGCAUUCCCAGUAACCCAGAACCGGGCACUACAGCUCCUCUACGACCUGCGCUACCUCAGCCUUGUUCUAACAACCAAGGGUGAGGAGGUGAAGAGUGGCCGAAACAAACCCGACUCCAGGAUUGAGAAAGUGACUGACCACCUGGAGGCACUCAUCGAUCCAUUUGACCUGGACGUCUUCACACCACACUUCAACAGCAACCUCAACCGCCUGGUGCAGCGAACUUCUGUUCUGUUUGGCUUGGUUACCGGCACAGAGAGUCAGUUCACCCCCCGGAGCAGUGCAUUCAACUCCCAGGAACCCCACAACAUACUGCCAUUGGCAUCAAGUCAGAUCAGGUUUGGACUUCUUCCACUGAGCAUGACAAGCACUCGGAAGGCCAAGUCAACCAGCAGAAGUAUCGAAACAAAAGCCCAGGAUGCCUCCAUUAAGCCUGCAGGAGUCCUCCUGGGUAUUUCUGAAUUGUGUUGUGUAUGCGUGUGUUUGAGAGUUCACACAGCCUGUCUUCUUACAGCAUUUAGUUGUUGUUUGCUUUAUUGUUAGACAAAACAUUAGCAAUGUGUCCUUUCCGUAUUCCCUGUCAUUAAAAUCUGGUUUUUAAAAUCUGAGAGACAGUAGAUUAAAAAAGAAAGGUCAAGUUCUUGCCAAAACCCCGUGCCCCAUCAGCAUGGCCUUUGCUAUAACGUCCUCCAUACUACAUUUCCACAGCACGCAGCUGGCCUUUAAAGUCUGUCCCUGCUAGAGGAACAGCCCAUGGAAGGGAGGUAUGCGUGUGUUCUUUCCCUAGGACAAUCCUCAUUCUCAGAUUUUAGUUGUUACAUAAUGAAAUCCUGUGCUGUUCCAUGUCGUUUUCCAAUCCUAACAAACAGCAGAGUCCUCUUAGUGGAGUCAUCCAUGCUUCUCAGCUCUGCUAUACUUGUGUGGCCUCCGAGUGGAAUGGAGUGUCAGGGGAGAGGGCAGGUGGCUUCCGGUGGACUCUAAGGCACUUCCUCUACUUCCAAUGGCAGGUUGGUCCCCCGGAACUCUCCAGAGCAGAUGACCCGAUGCAUCCUGGCUCCUUAUUCAGACAGCUCGUCAGCGAGGAAGACGACUCAUCUGCAUCUUCAUUAUUCAAACUUGGCUGGCUCUCUAGUAUGACUAA